GGCCGGGACUCGGGCAGCGCCCACCAACCGCUCCGCCCCGGGACCGCCAGCAUGAGCAAGCCGGCCGGAUCAACAAGCCGUAUUUUAGAUAUCCCCUGUAAAGUGUGUGGCGACCGCAGUUCGGGGAAACACUAUGGGGUCUACGCCUGCGACGGCUGCUCGGGGUUUUUCAAACGAAGUAUCCGAAGGAAUAGGACGUAUGUCUGCAAAUCUGGAAACCAGGGAGGCUGCCCGGUGGACAAGACACACAGAAACCAGUGCAGGGCGUGUCGGCUGAAGAAGUGUUUGGAAGUCAACAUGAACAAAGAUGCCGUGCAGCAUGAGCGGGGGCCUCGGACGUCCACCAUCCGCAAGCAGGUGGCCCUAUACUUCCGUGGACACAAGGAAGAGAACGGGGCGGCCGCGCACUUCCCCUCCGCAGCACUACCCGCGCCGGCAUUCUUCACCGCGGUUACGCAGCUGGAGCCUCACGGCCUGGAACUGGCCGCCGUGUCCGCCACCCCUGAGCGGCAGACCCUCGUGAGCUUGGCUCAGCCCACGCCCAAGUACCCCCAUGAAGUGAAUGGGACCCCAAUGUAUCUCUAUGAAGUGGCCACAGAGUCAGUGUGUGAAUCAGCUGCCAGGCUUUUAUUUAUGAGCAUCAAGUGGGCUAAGAGUGUUCCAGCUUUCUCCACGCUAUGUUUGCAAGACCAGCUGAUGCUUUUGGAAGAUGCUUGGAGAGAACUGUUUGUUCUAGGAAUAGCACAAUGGGCCAUUCCGGUUGAUGCUAACACUCUACUGGCUGUAUCUGGCAUGAAUGGUGACAACACAGAUUCCCAGAAGCUGAACAAGAUCAUAUCUGAAAUACAGGCUUUACAAGAGGUGGUGGCUCGGUUUAGACAACUCCGGUUAGAUGCUACUGAAUUUGCCUGUCUAAAAUGCAUCGUCACUUUCAAAGCUGUUCCUACACACAGUGGUUCUGAACUGAGAAGUUUCCGGAAUGCUGCCGCCAUCGCAGCUCUUCAAGAUGAGGCUCAGCUAACUCUCAACAGCUACAUCCAUACCAGAUAUCCCACUCAACCCUGUCGCUUUGGAAAACUCCUGUUACUUUUGCCAGCUUUACGUUCUAUUAGUCCAUCAACCAUAGAGGAAGUGUUUUUCAAAAAAACCAUCGGCAAUGUGCCAAUUACAAGACUGCUUUCAGAUAUGUACAAAUCCAGUGAUAUCUAAGCUCUCCAAGUCCCUACUUUUCAGGAUGGGACAGUAUCUGAUGAACUUCUACCCAUGGAGAACAAGCCUCAACUAACAAACCCUUCAGGAAGCAUAAACCUGGGAAUGUGUAGCCUUCAGGAAAAAAUGUCAAUUGACACAAAACAAUUCCAGUAGCUCUGACCUGCUGCCUCACCCAGGGUGGGGUGGCCUGGAAGGAAAAGGGGGUGUAAGAGGACCGCCUGAGCAGAGAGGACUCACUGCUACCAUGCCCUGGGAGGGGACCGAAUUCGGGGUUGCCACAGGCCAGGCCAUUCUGCCUCUUACCUGGAAGAUCAGGCUGAUCUAUCAACAGCUGAAACAUAAGUAGAACAUUUUUUUUCCCUUUUAGCGUAUAAAGUUGGGUAACCAAAUAUAGUUCUGUGUAUAACAUCAUACAGCAGCCUUCAGAACUAUCUUAUGUUGAAGAAUUUAUUUCAAAAAUAAUGGUUAGGUUUUAAAUCAAAAGUUUUAUCAAAAGUUUCCCUUCUAUUGUACUACUUCAUAAAGUGGCCUUCAGAACUGAGUUAAUAAGUGAAAGGUAGCUUAUGCUGUGAGAUUUGCUUUUUCUCUCUCUUCUUCCUUUCUCUUUCUUUCUUCCUCUUCCUCUUCCUCCUUCUCCCCCUCCCCCUCCUUCUUCUUCUUAAUACCAUAGGCCAGGCAACCUUGUCAAAGGAAUUGGUGGACGAAAAUGAGAUUCUCACCAGGACUUCAGGUUGGAUAACAUCUAAAAAUAGAAGAGCUUUACUAAAAGAACACAAGUCGAGGGAGGAUGAAUAAAAACAGCAAAACCAAAUAAAGUGGAGAUGAAUGAUGGAGUGAGGCAGACUGCUGUCCCAUUAACACAGUGCUGAAACCAAAGGCAAUGGGGGUCCAAACUCGUGUUUCAGCGAGUCACACCAGACAGUAAAUGAACAGAGACAUGAGACCAGAAGGAACUUCAAGGAGAUGGAUGCUAAAGGGCUUCUUGAUCCAAUGCUAACAGCCUGAGACUCUUCAAUGCCUUUCAGAAAACCGGUUUCUAGUAAAGCUUUGAAUGCCUGCACGUGCACACACACACUUCGUCCUACACUAUAAGCUGCUCCUUUGGUAUAAAUCUCUACUUAUGGAAAUGUAGAAACAAACAUUUUUAAAUAGCUGCUGUACUUUUCACAUUUUGAUUUAUUAGGUACUAGCACUGAGGAAAAAUAUUCAGCACUUGGACUAUUAUAGGAUGAGUAAAACUUUCCUUGUAUAAAGUGAAUUAACUGAUUUGUGAAGUUAAAAGGUUGUACUCAUUGUAUUUACAAAGAAUAAAAAAUAUAUUGAAUUUAAA